AUGUUCAUCAUGCCCCCAAGUUUGGAAAAGAGAAUCCAGCAAGAAAGACUGACUCAUCCCCUUGGCAGCCCUGCCAAAACUUCCCUGGAUGCCCUUCCGGAGCCCCUCCUGGUGCGGAUCCUGGCCGGGCUGCCCGCCCUCGACCUGGUGCUGGUGUGCCGCCUGGUUUGCUCCCAGUGGAAGGCGCUGGUGGACGGGGGGGCCCUCUGGCUGCUGAAAUGCCAGGCGGAGGGCUUUGCGGGCAACGACGCCGACGUGGAAGGCACAGAGAGCUGGCAAUCUCUCUACUUUCUCAAUAAGAAGAAGCGGAAUUUGAUCAAGAACCCCAACGGCGAAGAGGGUCUCCAGCAUUGGGAGGAUGUGCAAAAUGGGGGCGACGGCUGGAAAGUGGAAGAGCUGCCGGGCGAUUUCGGGAAGGAUUUCCCCAGGGAUGAAGUCCAGACCUAUUUCGUGUCCUCUUUUGACUGGUGCAGCAAAUCCCAAGUGAUUGACUUGCAAGCUGAAGGCUACUGGGAGGAGCUGAUGGACACCACCCAGCCCAAAAUUGUAGUGAAGGACUGGUAUGCCUCUCGCUGUGAUGCCGGCUGUCUCUACAACUUGAAGGUGAAGCUGCUCUCCGCUAGCGAAGACGUGGUGGCCGAAUUCGAAAGCGAAACCAUCGCGGUCCCCCAGGACAACGAGGGCGAGUGGGCUGAGAUCACUCACACCUUCGCCGAGUACGGUGCCGGCGUGCGAUUCGUCCAUUUCGAACACGGCGGUCAGGAUACGUUGUUCUGGAAGGGCUGGUACGGCGCCCGGGUGACAUCCAGCACGGUGAUGGUGGAACCUUAGCCCUGCGUUUGCCCACGGAGCAGCCUGCCCCCCCGGAAACU